AUGACGACAGUACUUCAACUACUUGCCAAAUACUAUGAUUCCGUUAUUAAAUCCGAGCAGAUCUACUCCGAUUAUAUUAGAACCACGGAAAGUGGGUCCAGUGUGAAAGAUGCGGAUUCGAUGUUUAUCAAAGAAACCAUCAGUCUUAAACAUCAAUUGGCUCAGCUAAUUACAGAUUUGAAUCAGGAAAAAAGAGAAAACGAGCGGCUGAGAGAGCUUCAUAAGACGCAAAUUGCGUUUCUGGAGUCUAAACUUGACAGUGCGAAGAGAAAUAUCUCGAAACUGAAAGAUCAGAAUCCUGAUACAAAUGGUGAUGAUAAUAAUGACAAAAAUAGUAAGGCAUUAAAGAGAACCUCUGGCAAAUCUAAUGAGACUUCCGCAUUGGCAAACAAGUUUCAUUUGCUUUCACCGAUAAAUCGUGGAUCUACGCGAUCAGAAGCUAUGGAUGAGACUGAUCCUUUGCCCAAAAAGGCACCCAGUGGACUGCGCCAAGCUAUAUACAAUCGUCAUCAAACUUUGUUUGAUGACGACACGAAUGAUGGAGCUGAUAAGACAGACGAAUUCUCUUUUAUGAACUCCAUCAAACAUAGAGGCAAGCUGGCGGAGCUUCAGAUUCCUGAUGGAAAAUUACCUUCUUCGAGUGGGAACGACGAAACUGAACUACCAGGUCCUGAACCUGAAGUGCAAAAAAAGCGGAAACUAAUUAGGAAAAGGAUACAUAGGGAUGAAGAUACUGCCGAUAACGUUUUUUGA